GCCGAGGGCUAGUGAUUUUCGCCGUUUUCCCCAGUCAUCUUGUUUUCCUGUUUUGGCCCUCAUGUGGGAGUUAGAGCCCUCGGCCAGGGGGCCGAAGGCGCCCCUGGUGCGCAUUGUGGGCUGCUUGGUACUCUGGGCGCUGUGAUUUGAGCCUGUUGGGCCUUCUGGGCCUGUUGGGCCUCGUUUGGAGUAGUAGGAGUCUGUGGGCCGGGGGUUCUCGGGCCAUAUACUCCAUCAGUUGUACACAAAACUAGUUAAUUCACUAGUUAAUUUGCUAUAACUCGAAUUAAUAGUUAGAUAAAUAGUUAAUUACUUUUUUACAAUUUUUUAUUAAUUGCUACAUUUGACUCUAGUUUAAAAAAUAUGUUGUACACAAAACUAGUUAAUUCACUAGUUAAUUUGCUAUAACUCGAUUUAAUAGUUACAUAAAUAGUUAAUUAGUUUUUUACAAUUUUUUAUUAAUCGCUACAUUUUUUAGAUGGAUCGUCCUAGAUAUUCGGUUGAUAUGGGUAACCUCGAGCGCAACCGAACGAAAGAGCUUGCGAGGAAGAGAUCCCGCAAAGGUAAAUCACAUAUCGGUUCUUCAUUUCAAAGUCGAGAUGAUUUUGAUACGGGUUACGCAAGGAGGGAUGGGGAUGCGAUGACCGACGAACAACUAGAACAAGAAUUGCACCGACAUAAUUCCCGCUUUUUUCAAGACCAACCGAGGACCAUUGACGAAGAAGAGCUCGAGGACGAGGACGACGAUGUGGAGGAAGUAAUUCCGGAGAGCCACGACGACGAGGAGGAGGAGGGUGGCGGCAGCCAUGACGCCGACCAAGCAGCCUCAUCUCAAACAGGUACAAAAAAAGUAAAUCUGAACUAAUGGCUAAUAAUUUUUCUAAGUGGAAGGACCCGAACACCGGGAAUUGGACCGCAACUUGCAAUUGGUGCAAGAAAAACUAUAGCUUGAGGAUUUCCGGCGGAUACGGAUCCGCCACAAGACACCUUAAGUCCAAACACCCGGUGGAGUAUGCAAAAUUAGGCGGCGGAACGGGGAAGCAAACGCAAAUAUCGAGGUUUGCAAAUAACCAACAAGCUUUUGGUAAUUUCUCAUACAAUGAUGCACAAAAUUUGACAGGUAUGGCUAACUUACUUGUUGAAGAAAAUUUGCCUUAUUUGUUUUUUGAAAGUCUUGCUUUUCGUGAUUAUGCACAAACUUGUUUAAAUCCGCAAUAUAGAGGUUAUAGUCGC